CGGUUUUAUGUUUUGGUACAACUUUCUACAAAAUAAGGACGGAGUGCUAUUUUCCUAUUAUUUGCCGCAUUUUCAUUUUGUAUUUAUAGUGUAAUCCAAAUAUAGUACACGCCAUUCACACAUAGGAUUUUCUCUUCGUCCGACACAACAGCUAGGUGUUUUAUCUGCAAUAUGUCCAAAUUAGCAAAAUGUGUCUUGGAAGGUGAGGUGAAAGGUACCAUUACCUUUGAACAAACAGGUGAUGGACCAACCACUGUCAAUGGAACAAUAACUGGCCUAGCUCCUGGGAAGCAUGGUUUUCACGUACAUGAAUUUGGUGAUUAUUCCACUGGAUGUGGAAGUACAGGAGGACAUUUCAAUCCAGCUGGUAAAGAACAUGGUGCACCUGGAGAUGAAAACAGACAUUCAGGUGAUCUUGGCAAUAUUGAGGCUGGCUCAGAUGGUGUAGCCAUUGUAAACAUCACAGAUAACCAGAUACCACUGCAUGGAAUAAACAGUAUCAUUGGACGUGCUAUUGUUGUUCACAAAGAUGAAGAUGAUCUAGGUAAAGGAGGCCAUUCUGACAGUUUAACAACUGGUCAUGCUGGUGCUCGUUUAUCCUGUGGCGUUAUUGGUUUGGCGAAACCACAGUGAGACAUUUACACAUUGGCUGUGAAAUCAAUUUUCUUCAGUUGUGUUCUUAGAAACUUAAAAAAAUUAUUGUAUAGUUCUUCAUUUUUCUCUUACUGAUCUUAUUAUUAGGAUUUGUGCUUACUUUACUUGCUUUAAUCCAAGCUGUAACUAUGACUUUACAAGGUUUUCAUCAACCAAGAGUUUUUUAUUCUUAUAUUUUGUAAACCAUAUGUUUAUGAAUAAUAACUCAUAAUAAUUCUUGUUAGAACAA